UUUCUCUCCUGUGAGCUGCGCAGUCUGCGGUCAGAGCUCCUCAGCGCAGAUCUUGUUUGUUUCCGGAGUUGUUUCUGCUGCUUCCUGGGACUCGGCUCUGGCCACAGGGACCCACCGAGGCUGCAUGGAUUCCUGCUCGUCCAGAAAAACUACCAAAGAAGGUGGAGGCAGAGCUGAGAAUCUGCUGCUGUUCGGAACUGACUUUGCUUUUGCCACGUGUACCCACACUUGAACCGUUUCAGUUGAACUAGUGCAAGAAUGUGUGUGGACACUCUUGUUUCAGUUUAGCUUAAACCUCUUCCUAGAGGACUUGGAGCUAAAUAGUAAUCAGUCUGGUUAAAAUGGGAACACACACAUGCUUUCACUGGCUGAGCAUCGUGCCUUUAAACUAAACUGGUGCGUGACUGAAUGUAUAUGGAUCCUGAAUCGCAGAGAGCUGCAGCCAGUGAGAAUGAGCUGCUCGGAGCCCAGCAUGCACCAGAGGGACUCCAAGAGAGAGGAGAGACCGAGGAGUGCGUUAACUGCAGUGGAGGUGUGGAGAGAGGCCCUGGCUCUAACCACACACUCAGGAAAUGUGCUUCCCAUCAAGGCCCAGUCCCAGCUGUCACCCUAGCUGCAGUUAUAGUGUUUUUGUUGAUCACCAUCAUCGCUAUCGCUACUCUAGCAGAACUUUUAAGAGUGGAAAAAUCCAAACCACCUCUGGCUGCUCCAGGCCCCCCUGCGGUGCCCUGCUGCCCGGACGGCUGGAUCGGGUACCGAGGGAAAUGCUAUUAUUUCUCCGAGACUGAAGGGAACUGGACCUACAGCCAGAGCCAGUGCUCUGCACUCAACGCCUCCCUGGCUGGGAUCGACAGUGAGCAGGAAAAGGAUUUCCUGCUACGCUAUAAGGGUUUCCUCGACCGUUGGAUUGGCCUCCAGAGGGAGCCAGGCCAGCCCUGGAGAUGGCCCAACGGCACCGAAUUCGACCAGCGGUUUCCGAUAAGAGGAGGGGGCGACUGUGCUUUUCUGAUGGAUGAGGACUGGUUCGGCAGCUCGCGGUGCAGCACAUGGAGACGCUGGAUCUGCAGCAAACCCGAUUCCUAUACGAUGUGGAAGAAAUAUGCUGUGGAGUUAAAACUUUCAGACUCUUAGGAACUAGGCUUGGAAAAGCUCUGUUGGGGAGACACCUUCUACUACCUGAAGAUGAAGGAGGCUGGGUCUUUAUUCCUUACAGACUCUCCCCAGGGCUUCCCUAGUUGUAAUUCACUCAUUGGAAGAGGGGGGAAAAAAAGCAGAAAAGCUAGUUUUCCAACUCCCCAGUAGGUUUCUUAACUUUGAAUGAACCAUUCACUGAACUGAACUUGUUGAAUAAACUGAAAAGAAGAAAAUAUUCUCUCUACACCCGCAGAAGAGGCGACUGUCCUUCAAAAGCUGGUUUAGCACUUCAGCAAACUUGCAGGUGCUUAGCUCAUGAUUUCCAGCAGUUCAGUGGUUUGACCUUCAUUAAAACUUGGCAGCAAAUGUGUCCUGUUUAGGAUUAAGUUUAUAAGUAACUUAAAUUAUUGUAAGAGACAUGUUUAGGCUUCAACACAGGUUUAUGUGUAAAAAAAUAUGCUUGUUCUAAUUUAAAUAAAAAAAAUCUGAAAAAAAAAUCCAAUUUUGAUUUUUAAAGUCAUAGCAUAUCCACCCUGAUCAGACCCAUCCCAUCCCUGGGAUCAGUCUAUUAUGAAAACCUUGUGCAAAUACUCCACAACAACAAGGUUCCAAAACAUAAUCCAUUUAUCACCCCUGGUUCAUAUAGUCCUUAAAAUCCCAUGACAUCUGGGCCAUCAGUGUCUUUCACCACACCAAGGCUCUUCUUUGGUCCUCUCCUGGCCUUCUGCCAUGUCAGCCGCCCCAGCUGAAGUGCAAACCCACUCUUCCCAGCAGCCUCUCCCCCAGGAGUUCAUCCUCACCUGAGAUAUAUCCAGCGCUUCUCCUGUUCUGUUACCUUUCAUCUCUAGCAGGCCAGCAGGUAGGCCCUACCACUGUUCCCCUGACCCUCAGCUCUCUCUGGCUCCAGCAUGGAGACAUCAGCGGGUAAACCUUGCUGCCACUCCCCUGUCUUCAGCCUUUCCUGAAUCAACAUCCUACAGAAGUGUUGCUCUUUAAUGUGUCUCCUGAAGCUCUUGAUAUUAAAACACUGUGAUUUAAAUAUUAACUAAGCUAAGUUAUUAACCAAUCCAGAUGAUUUUACUAUGUUAUUAUCCAAUUGUAGUUGAUAAAAUAAUACUUGGUCAGUCAUUUUGCUGUGAGAAUUGUGUGUGUAUAUAUAUAAAUAAAAUAGUAAAUGAAAAUGAA